AUGGACUCGAAUAGACGCGAUGCCCGCGCGUCGUCGCAGCACAGUCGUGAAUCCUCGCCUCCCUCGCCCACCGACAACAGAUUUCCCGCCCGAUUCGAGCCCAUCACCGGACGCGAUGACGGCCUUUCCGAGAGCUUCCAGUCUACCGACACCGUUCGUCGAAGGUUUGAACCCAGCUACGGUACGACUCUGUCGCCAUCCCAGUCCACUCCUUCCCAGCUGCCCAUCGAAGGCACCCCGACCGAACUUGGGCACCACUCGCGAUCCGGCACCGGCCAGUCCAUACCCUCUGCCCGAUCUCCCAUGCCAGCACCCGAUCGAGGUCGAGGAAAACCACGAAAACCCCCCAUGAGCCGACGCCCUUCGAGCAACACCCAAGCUCCUCACAGGGGUGAGGUCUUUUCCGUCGACGAUGCCCUAGACGAGGUCGAGGCCGACCAGGCCGAGAGGAACACCAGCUACUCCAACACUGCCGCCUCGGUCAGGCGGCGCACUGCUGCUGCCACCCCAUCUCUGUCCCGAGUCCGGUCCCAUCGCGAAGCUGCCCACGAGGACACGCCCGACGAAACCGACCAGGAAGAGGCGCCGCACCCUGCCCAUCUCCCCCACGGCGGCCAUAUCGAUCCGCCCGAGGAUCAUGACCCCGGCGAGGAGGAAGACCUGGCGACCGUGCAGGGCGUUGACGACCAGGACGAGGAGGUCCACCACGAUGAGGACGAAGAUGACGGAGACCUAAGCGAUGCCGAGAGCUUCACCCUCAAGGACAGGCAGCAAGCCAUCAACGAGACACAUCCCUUCGGUAUCAGGCUAUGGAAGCCCGCUCUGUACAAGAAGGACCGCUCCGUGCAGAAGAACGCUGAAGGCGACAUCCACUCCUCGCCCGGCGGGAGGGUCAGCAACUGGCUGCUGUUUUUCAACCUCAUUUGGACGCUGUGCUUUGGCUGGUGGAUGUCCAUCAUAGCCUUCGCCGGUGCUCUCGUCUGUUUUCUUUUUGCUGCCGCUCCCAGCGGCAGAGAGUACGGGCGUGUGCUGUGGGGCCUGUCUGGCUAUCUUUUCUAUCCUUUCGGCAAGUUCAUCAGGCUCGAGCAGCAGGACAUGUAUCUGGAUGAAGACCAGGGCGAAGGCCGCAGCAUCAGCGAGUACGAGCAGUGGCAGAGUGGCGAUCUCGAGUAUGGCCGUCUCUUCUUUGGUCCUGAGAGGAACCGCUCCAUCAUCGGCCGUUCCCGACGAAGCAUCGACUCGGAGCCAAGCGAGACCGACAGCCUGUUGGGCCGCAUGCGACGCGGCGACCAUGCCGGCGACUCUGACCCCGACCUCCCUCGCAUCAAGAGGCGUCUCUUUGGCCGUGGACAGUGGAACAUUGGGCGCGUCAUCUUCUUCGUCUUCUUCUACGGUCUCGUCGCGCCGUCGCUCUUUAUCGUGUCGGGAAUCUGCUGGUUUUUGGUCUUCUGGAUCCCCAUGGGAAAGGUGACCAUGCUCCUGUUUGACCACCUCAGACGCCACCCCUUGGCCCUGUCGUUCGAGUCCGACCUGUCGUCCGCCAGGGCGCCUGCUGCUCCCCAUUCGUCCAUAAUCGUCUGCACCUACCGUGCCGUCGGCCUCAAGUACUGGAAGUACACUGUUGACGGCACCAACAUCUUCCUCAUCAACCUGAUGGCCGUCGUCCUCUUUGUCAUCUUUGACUGGCUUGUUCUGGAAGGCGUACUGCACAUCGACAUUUUCGUCACCUCACCGGCAUUCCUUUUCGUAGCUGGCCUGUUCUCCAUCAUCCCCCUAGCUUACUUCAUCGGACAGGCGGUGGCUUCCAUCUCCGCUCAGUCAUCCAUGGGUUUGGGCGCAGCCAUCAACGCCUUCUUCUCGACGAUUGUUGAGGUCUUCCUCUACUGUGUUGCUCUCCAGCAGGGCAAGGGCCAGCUUGUCGAGGGUAGUAUCGUCGGCAGCAUCUUCGCCGGCAUUCUCUUCCUGCCGGGCCUCUCCAUGUGCUUCGGUGCCAUCAAGAGGAAGACGCAGCGCUUCAAUGCCAGAUCAGCCGGUGUCACCUCGACCAUGUUGCUCUUUGCCGUCAUCGGCGCGUUUGGGCCGACUCUGUUCUACCAGAUCUACGGCACGCACGAGCUCAAUUGUCUCGACUGCGUCAACUUCGAUGCGGAGGAUAAGUCCACCGCGCGUGACUGUCGACGGUGUUACUUUUCCCAGGUCCCCGCUCUGGAUGACCGCUUCUACAUUGAGGCUGUCAGGCCUUACUGCUAUCUCGCCGCUGGCAUGCUGUUCCUCUCCUACAUCAUCGGGCUGUGGUUUACCCUCCGGACCCAUGCUGCCGUCAUCUGGAACACCGAGGUUGAGGAGAAGAAGCAGGAAGAGGUGCACACGCUGCCUCGGAGCUCCGUGAUGCCUUCUGUAGCUGAAGCCUCUGGCGCUGAUAUUCGCGACUCCCACCUCUAUAAGCGAAUCCUCGGUCAGUCACUCAAACAGGCAGGGCUCCAACCCCGGCUAGAUACCCUCAGUCGCCACGGCUCGGCUAUCAGCACCGGUUCCAUGUCGGGCCCUGCCAACGGUUCUCUGACACCGCAUGUCGUCCCGCCCAAGGCAGUGGACGCAGACCAUGCUCACACCGUGCACAUUCCCGGUCUAACUGACGCCCAGAACAAUGAUCUCACUCACCAGGUUGCCGAGAUAGCAGCUACGGCCGCCACGAUUGCUGCUCGGGACUCGUCGCACCCUCUGCACCACAACCGCCGCAUCUCCGCUCGCGAUACCACUACCCGUGCCGCACUCGGCACCCCGCGCCCCGUUCCCGUCCGCACCACCACGCUCCCCGACCAUGACCCCGCCGCUGAUCCGACGGCUACUGCCCACUCUGGUGCUGCAGCUCACGGCGGCCACGACGCGCCCAACUGGAGCCGGCUCAAGUCCUCGAUCAUUCUCAUGGGUGCUACUGUGCUCUACGCUAUCAUCGCCGAGAUCUUGGUCGACACGGUCGAUGUGGUUCUCGAGGGGUUUGCGAUCGAUGAGAAGUUCCUCGGCAUCACUCUGUUUGCGCUCGUGCCCAACACGACCGAGUUUCUGAACGCCAUCUCAUUCGCCAUGAACGGCAACAUUGCGCUCUCUAUGGAGAUUGGUUCCGCGUACGCGCUGCAGGUCUGCCUGCUGCAGAUCCCCGCUCUGGUGCUCUACUCGGCCCUCUCGCCUGGGCCCCUGACUUUGCCUCCCGACCUCGACCCCUCGCACUACACCUUUUCUCUCUUGUUCCCGCAGUGGGACAUGGUCACCGUCAUCCUCUGCGUCUUCCUCCUCAGCUACAUGUACGGCGAAGGGAAGAGCAACUACUUCAAGGGCAGCAUCCUCCUGCUGAGCUAUUUGGUCGUCGUGGUGGGCUUCUUCUUCAGCGGCACGUCCUCGGGCAUGGACACCAUCGGCGCAGCGGGUGGUCCGAGCCGAUUUGAUAGGAUGGGCAGCGACGGCAACUUUAUCUCGUUUAAGACGAUUGGGCGAUCGAAGAGUGGUGUUGCUUAUUGA